AAGGAAAAAUCAAAAUCAAAAAUAAAAACCCUAAUUAUCAGAGAGAAAUACAGAGACGAAGAACGAUGUCAGGGGCUACUCCAAAUACGCAUGCUGAGGAAGACAAGAAACCUAAUGAUCAAUCUGCGCACAUCAAUUUGAAGGUCAAAGGCCAGGAUGGAAAUGAGGUAUUUUUUAGGAUCAAAAGAAACACUCAACUGAAGAAACUGAUGAAUGCAUAUUGUGAUCGACAAUCUGUGGACUUGAAUUCCAUUGCCUUCUUAUUUGAUGGUCGCCGUCUCCGGGCAGAACAGACUCCUGACGAGCUAGAAAUGGAGGAUGGGGAUGAGAUCGAUGCGAUGUUGCACCAAACUGGCGGAGCCCUGUGAACGUAUUCAGUCUGUUUUUGCUGGUUCUUGUGAAAAUUUGAUACAUGAUAUAGGGUAGUUAUUUUGGUGUGUGUAACUUAUGGAUUUGAAUUAUGGGUAUUGUGAUAGACAUCUUCGUUGUAGACCUUGUAUGAAAAAUCUGACAUGCUCUUCGGGAGUUGUAUCAGUUACAACUCGUAUGUAAUCAGGAGUCUUGAGUUAAUAGCUUGAUCCGUGAGUUGAUUACGCUACUGUUGUCAUAGGAGAGCUCUCAUUGCUAAGAAAUAAUAAUAAUGUUAAUAUAUUAGU